AAUAGAAAAACAGUGGAACUAUCUGUUAUUUACAACAAUUACAAAAACUACCUAAGAGGGUUUUCUGCUAUAAAAGCCACCAUUCUUUGCCAGAUCAGACACAAACCACCAUGCGCUUCUCAUUCGUUCUCCUUCUCGCGGUCCUCGGCUGCUUCCUGCUGGCCCAGGAGAGUGGCGCUGCCACAGGCACGAGCACAACCGUCGCGGCAACGACCAGCGCUUCGGCUACAACUACUGUCGCGUCCACGGCCACUACAACAGUCGCUCCUUCCACCGCAACCACCACCGUUGCCUCUUCGACCUCGGACACGACCACAGCGUCCUCAUCAUCUUCAGGCUCCAACUCCGCAGCGGCCAGGCGUCGUCGACGUCGCCGUCGUCUGGCUCGUCAGCGCCAGCGCCGUGAGCGCCAGAGGCAGCGCCAGACCCAGAGGCUCCGCAACAGGAUUCAGAACCAGCGCCGUGUGAUCAACGAACUCCAAGGUUAAGCGGAAAAAAAGGAGACAUAUCCAAAACUCCCGAUAAAUUUUUCCCUGAUGAAAACCUUACCUUUAAGCACCGAUGAAAUAUGAAAAAUUGAA